AUGUCCGAACAACAACAACCGGAGCAAACACCAUUGGUGUACCCGGUCUCCGAGACAAGCCCGCCAGUACACCGCCAGUCAGACGGUGGUUCAUUUGGGGCGGUUUUCAUCGUCCUGGCGGUGAUAGUGGUGGUGUCAGCAGUGGCUUGUUUUCUUGGGCGACUCUGUAACAAGCGCCACAACAAAUCCAAGCCACCUAAGCAUGGGCACGCUGCUCGCGGGCCCAAAGAGAAAGAAAUGAAACCUAACCGUAACGCGUUUCAAACGAAAGAUGGAGACAUUGAAUUUGGAUUUGAUAAACGGUUUUCAAGUGCUAAGGUGGCGGCUAAUGGUGAGCCGAUGAUGGGUAGGCCUAAUUCAUACAAGGAACAGUCUAUGGGAAGAUCCGACCCGUCUAUGGGAAGACCCGACCCGUCUAUGGGAAGGCCUAAUUCGUUUAGAAAGGGUGAAUUUAGAGAUGAUCAAAUGAGGUAUGGUGGUAAUCAAGAUCAUGAGAUGAAUUUUAAAUCAGGACCAGGGCCACAACAUUAUUGA